AUGGAACGGGAUUGCAUAGACUUUGUCCGGAGAUGUAUUAAAUGUCAAAUGCAUGGCGAUGUUAUACGUGCCCCUCCCACCGAAUUGCAUAGCAUGAUUGCUCCAUGGCCCUGCUCGAUGUGGGGUAUGGAUGUGAUUGGCACAAUUGACCCUCCUGCUUCAAAUGGGCAUCGAUUUAUAUUGGUGACAAUUGAGUACUUCACCAAGUGGGUCGAAGCAGAAUCAUUCAAGCACGUGACAAAGAAGGUGGUGGCGAAUUUCUUAAGAGAUCACAUCAUAUGCCGAUUUGGGCUGCCGGAAACAUUGAUUACAGACAAUGCCAAGAAUCUCAACAAUGAUAUGGUGGACGGGCUGUGCGAACAGUUCAAAAUCAAACAUCGCAACUCUGCCAUCUAUAGACCGCAGAUGAAUGGAGCCGUAGAAGCUGCAAACAAAAACUUGAAGAAGAUCAUCGUCAAAAUGACUGAAAGGCACCGUGAUUGGCAUGAAAAGCUCCCUUAUGCACUAAUGGCAUAUCGGACUUCUAUCCGAACGUCAACUGGGGCAACACCCUACUCGCUCAUGUAUGGAAUGGAAGUUGUGCUACCUGCCGAGGUCGAAAUCCCUUCAUUGCGUAUUCUAAUGGAGACCAGGUUGGAAGAGACUGAUUGGAUAAAGCAGCGUUAUGAACAACUGUCCUUGAUUGAUGAAAAACGGUUUAAUGCUAUUUGUCAUGGCCAAUGUUACCAAAAACGCAUGGCCCGGGCCUACAACAAGAAAGUCCAUUUGCGUACAUUUGAGGAAGGCGACAAAGUGCUAAAACGAAUUUUGCCAGUACAGGAUGAGGCCAAAGGCAAAUUUGCUCCAAAUUGGCAAGGGCCAUUCAUUGUUCAAAAAGUGUUACCUGGUGGAGCGCUUAUUUUAGCAGAGAUGGAUGGACAAACAUUUCCUCAACCUAUCAACACAGACAUGUCCCAGCCCGCCGAGUGGGUCUCAUCACCUACUUGA